AUGACUGUUUCUUUUGUGCGUCUGCUCCUGUGGACGCAGACUCACCUCCUCCAGGUGUACAAGGACAGAGGAGACUGGGAGAGGCUGGCCAUGAGCCCCCGGCCCUCCGCCCUCCUGGGCCUCGUGCUCUGCCUGGGCCAGACGAUCCACAUGCAGGAGGGGCUCCCGCCCAAACCCUCCCUCAGGGCUGAGCCAGGCCCUGUGAUCCCCCGGGGACGGCCUGUGACCCUCGUGUGCCGUUCCCCAGUUUGGCCUAAGUUCUUCCGCCUGGAGAAGGAAGGAAGAAGUGAAUAUCACAUUCAGAAAGGUGUGUCUCAAGAUGGUUCGCAGGCGACAGAGGCCAGAUUCCACAUCUCCUCAGUGCGUGAAGCCAUGGCUGGGAGUUACCGCUGCCUCUAUUACGAUGUGUCCAACACGUGGUCUGAGCCCAGUGAGCGCCUGCAGGUGCAGGUGAGAGAGGAGGACGUCUCCACUCCGCCCUCAGGCCCCGCCUCCCGGGAUUACACAGUGGAGAACAGCAUCCGCUUGGGCCUGGCGGGCGUGGUCUUGCUGACCCUGGUGGCGAUUCUGGUGGAAGCUGGGCUCAGCAGGCGCAGGUCCCCACAGGGACCACAGGAGUAAACACAAAGGAGCCCCCCAGAGAGAGGUGACCCCAGGGCACCAGCAGGGACCUCACCGAGGGCCUGAGGCUCCCGCUGGAGCCGAGAUGGCCAGAGCCGCCUCCGCUGUUGUUCAAGGACAAGAGAACCUGGCCCAUGUGGGUUAGGAUGCUUGGCCUCAACCUUCAUCUUCCCAGGACCAUGGAGAGAAGUCAUCUUGAUUAACAGGCAGACAGACAGGCCAAGGUCCAGGGGAAAGAAAGGCAGGCGGAGGCAGGGCAGAUACGACCAUGUUAUCCAGCCUGACCACGAAGCCAAACCCACAGAAAUAACAAUGCUUUAGACUCAGAGGGGAGACACGUGAAACUAGGAAGGGGCUGCAACAGGAAGGUGAGCUGAGGCAUAGGAACCAGGAAGGGUCAGUUGUGCUUCUGGGCAAGAACAAUUGAGAGAAUCCAUCAGGCGGCCACAGGGGGAGACAGGGAGCAGGUUUGUAGCAAAUAUGUACCCCUAGACCACAGGCUUCAGUGGCAGCCAUGACUGAGCCCUCUCCCCAUGCAGGGAGUCUGAAUCUGCUAGCAAUAAAGUUUCCCCUC